AUGAGUGAAUUAUCGGUGGAACUUCAAAAACAGUUUGAAAAGGAAAGAAAUACCAAAAACCAAUGGAUAAGUUGUGCUUUUAGUUUACUUGUUUUCGUUGUUCAUGGAAUAAUCUUCUUUUGGAUCCCUCGAACUUUGAGAAAUAAGCGAUUUGUUAAGUCCAAUAGGUUCAAAUCGUUUUUCAUCUUGCUCAACAUUUGGAAUACAUUCAACUACACACUAUCGAUAAAAAUUCGGAGGAAGAGGAUAUACUUCAAGCCAAGUGUUUUGAUUCUAUUCUUGUUUUUUAUAUUAUUGAAUGGGAAAUUGUGUUAUAAUGACACUCAUGACAUUACAUACAUACCACGAACAUUUGUCAUUGCUAAAAGAUGUGCCAGAGUUGGUAUUGGCCAAAUCCCUGCUAUUUUCCUUCUUGUGACAAAAGGUGAUUUUAUAACAGGAGUAACCGGUCUCACAUAUGAACGUACAACAUUUCUUCACAUUUGGUUUUCAUUCAUGAUGUUUGUCGUUGUCACAUUCCAUGUUGCUGUUGUUUCUUACUACUGGGAUAAACCCGAAUGGUCCAGUAUUCAUCCCAGAUACCCCAAAAACGUAUAUGGAAUCAUUGCAUAUGUCACCUUUGUCUUACUUGCAUUGGGUAACGUCAAAUUUAUUCGUAAAUACUGGUAUGAUCAAGCAAUGGUUAAUCAUCGUGUCCAGUCAUUUAUCAUGUUACUUAUGGCGUUCUUCCACAACAAUAGCGCCAAAGCCAUGGUCAUUGUUGGUGUUCAUUUAUUGGUUCUUGAUAAAGUUAUUGGACGUAUUUACGGUAUUGUGCAUAGCAAAAAAUCACCCACCAAGGGAUGGUCUCAGUUUGAAAUGUUGGAUGAAGAUGUGAUGAAAGUUUCCAUUCCCAUCAAAAUAAACCACAAAUUCAACCCCAACUCAUGGUUUGGAUUAAUCAAGUUCAAGUAUGGAAAUUGGAAAGCUGGCCAGCAUAUCUAUUUCAAUGUAAGAAAGAUUGAUUUUUUUCAACAUCACCCAUUUAUGAUUGCUAGUUUACCAGAAUCUGGAAAGAUGGUUAUCAUUAUAAGAAAGAGAAACGGAUUUACCAAAAAGAUGUUUGAAAAAUUCGUCGAACUUAGAGAUAAGCAAUUGGCAGGAGAAGAAACCGAAAUGGAUUAUAUCCUAUGGUAUAGACCUAAAUUGGAUAGACUCUUCAAAAGGUUGCAACCAAUGGUGAAAAAAGUGGAACCGUUAUUGUACAAGUUGAAACUUAAAUCAAAAAAGGAGUCUUUUCCUCCAGAUCAAGAACAUACGAGUCUUGCUUUGCCUGAGUACAGAAAAAUAGUCAACCCAGAGACCGUUAUCUGGAAAGUGGCAUUCAGGGGUCCUCUGGGAGGCAAGUGCCAACCAUUAUUAACAUUUGACUCGGUAGCAUUUCUUGCACAAGAGCUUGGUGCUUCAUUUAUCUUACCGGUGUGUUUAGAUUUGCUACAAACAAUUGAUAGGAAAGAAGUUGGUAAAGACUAUUUGGGAAGACCGGCACACCCAACAAUAUCCUUAUACUGGACUGUCAAGUCAAGUAGAACAAUUAGCUACUACAACUAUUUGCUCAGUAAGUUGAUUGCUUUUAUCAAAAUGGGUAAAUUGAAUCUCACUGUAUUUAUUGAAGAUGAAAGCUCAAUGACUAGUCGUCAAACAAUCGAGCUUGAUCCUUUCACGACAAUCGCAACCAAUAAGAAAGCCCCAGAAGUGGAAGUCGAAACCGAGGUUGAAAAAUGCAACUCGAAUGCGAGUACCGAUUACGUCGAUGACUCACUCAUCAACAAGAUGUACCAACCAAUGGACAUUGAUCAAACUCUUAAAACACACAUAACCAGUGUUAAAUACACUGGCAACAAUUACUUCAAGUCAUUGGCUAUUUUAAGUUGUGGAGAGGAUCCAAAUUUCGGUAGAGGUGCUGAAUACCAUGUUCAGGGCUAUAGGUGGAUGAAACAGGCGCCAAAUAUCUAUUUCUAUAAUGAAUCGUACUACACAUAG